CACCACUCCCGCCAUCCCCCUGGAAGAGUUCAUCCGCGGAGCGCUCCUCGCCGGCCAGUCAGCGCCAAAAAGUGCAGAGCUUCGGGACAAGAGUCCGCGUAACUGCCCCGCGCGAGCCACCCCUUGCGUGUAUGGCAGGAGCGAGCCGGUAUUUCUUCCCUUUCCCUCUGCCAGUGUGACCCGCGAACCGAGUGCCUCGUGGGACAGGAAUCUGGUGACUUGGAGAGCCAGCUCGCGGGAUCGUCUUGACGAUCCGCCGAGCCAAGCUCGCUCGUCGGUCGGCCCUCUGCUCGCGGCCGCUCGCAGGAGGAGAGCCGUGUGGGACGGCUAGGUGAAACUCUGAGUGCAGUGUGCAAUCGAUUCCGAUAUCCGGUAGCGCAGCGUAGGAUAGCAGAUAGGAAAGGUGUACGCGCGCGAGUACGUCAAGAGUUGCUCCCGUGUCGACAUAGCCCGGCGUGUGUGUGUGUGCUGCGCGCGCGUGCUCCACGUCGUCGCCCGUCGCGGGGUUCUGUCUGAUGGUUCGCGCGAGAACGAUGUUCAAUCGGUAACUCCGGCCGGAGUUGGCUCGAGGAUGCGGGACCACCGCGGGUCUUCAGCGACCGCCGCCGUGCUCGUGAUAAACUGACACUUCGGACACUCGGACCUACGACGACGACGACGUAGCUCUGUGGCUGCCGCGCCGUGGCCGCUGCCGAGGUGAUCCGCGCGCGCGGUCAUCUCGUCGCCCGCACCGACCUGCGGCGGUUUUAGCCCCGAGGAGUCCUGGAGUUUAUGCGCGACUCUGCUGCUGCUGCUGCUGCUGCUGCUGCUGCUGCUGCUGCUGCUGCUGCUGCUACCGUUACCACGCUCAACGGUCAACACCGCACUAGCUCAACACCGCCGCCGCCGCUGUCGCACCAGGACGCACCAGGACGCACCCCAGUCACACAGAUGCGAACGCAGCCUUUGCCGGGAGCAAAGGGCGCAGCGGUCGCUGCUGGUAUCUCGCUCACCGUUCCGUCUGAGGCUGCCCGAUUCGAGAGCUGCUGCGGAUUCACGUCCGGAUAGGCUCGCACGAUGAUGUACUCACCGGACAAGAUGAUGGGGAGCAAGGGGCUCCACGGGACGCCGAUCGCCGCCCCGGGCUGCUUCCCCUCCGGGAGGUACUCGCCGCCGCCUUAUCGCGCCGCGCCGGACCCGAUGCCGCCGCCGAGACGAUGCAUGCCCAACACUACGAGUCGUAUAUUGGAAGAUGCAUCCAUUGCAAUGUGCAAUUCUUGGUCACCGAGGCAUAAUGGUGAUCUGUUUGGCGGUUUGAACAGUGGUUUGCAAGAUGGCUUAUUGCAAAGAGCGGAGGCUUUGGCAGCGGACCUGAAGCAUAAUUCCGGGACGCCGAUGCCACUCAAGCACGACCCCGUGUCUGUGUACCAUCACGGCCCGCACAUGCCUACCCCCCACCCAAAUAACCGGCCACAUCAUCAGGUACAAUCACAUCUCCUUAUGGGCCACCCGGGGAUGGAGAGCCUCGACAUGCUGGACCCAGCCAACUCGAUGACGACCCUGACGCCGAUGUCCGAGAGCACAGGCGGCGGGCCCGGGCACCACACGGGCAUCCACGGGCCCUCGGUCUACGGCGGGAUGAACGGCAUGAUGAGCCACCACCAUCACCACGGCAAUCUCGGCAGCGGUGGUGGCAGCGUGCCUCAUCCGGCGCAUCAUCACCCGGCGAUGGCGGCCGCGGCCGCGGCCGCAGCCGCGGCGGGCCUCCACCCGGACGCGGACACCGAUCCGCGGGAAUUGGAAGCCUUCGCCGAGCGGUUCAAGCAGCGACGCAUCAAGCUCGGCGUCACCCAGGCCGACGUCGGCAAGGCGCUCGCCAACCUCAAGCUACCCGGCGUAGGCGCGCUCUCGCAGUCGACCAUAUGCCGCUUCGAGUCGCUCACCCUCUCGCACAACAACAUGAUCGCGCUCAAGCCGAUCCUGCAAGCGUGGCUGGAGGAGGCGGAGGCCCAGGCGAAGAACAAACGACGCGACCCCGACGCGCCGUCGGUGUUGCCGGCCGGCGAGAAGAAGCGGAAACGGACGAGCAUCGCCGCGCCCGAGAAGCGCUCGUUAGAGGCGUACUUCGCGGUGCAGCCGCGGCCCUCGGGCGAGAAGAUCGCCGCGAUCGCCGAGAAGCUGGAUCUCAAGAAGAACGUCGUGAGGGUCUGGUUCUGCAACCAGCGGCAGAAGCAGAAGCGCAUGAAGUUCGCGGCUCAACAUUGACCCGAGGGUGGCUUGUGACAGCAGAACUGACCGUACCAGCUGCCCAGUCUCGAGCCUAAACCCGAACCCUUGGCCGAAUUCCAGGGAUGGCCGUGAAGAGUCCGCGCGCGCUAAGGAGGUUGCUGGGGGCUUCCUUCGACGUCGCCGUCGUGGCUGAUUUCACGCGGUGAAGAGGAAUUCGCAUUCCGUUCGUCAUCGCUUGAUUAUCCCACUUCGUGCGGGGUUCUCUAUCGUGGCCGUUGAUGCGACACUCGGCUCGACACUCGAGGGCAGACUAAUCGGUACACAACAGUCGGACUGUCACAGGCUGAGAGAGUGAUCAUCAAUCGCCUGUUAUCGCUGCGCGUGUUUCAUUAUGCGCGAAGCGCAUACUCUCCGGAAUCACACCGGUUGCAGGGAGCUAUUCUUGACUCGUCGGCCGAGCGAUUCUCUCUCUCUCUCUCUCUC